AUGUGGACGACGUGGGGCAAGCUGUUCCUGCUGGUCGUCUUCCACGGCCUCGUUGCCCUGUGCCUGACCACCUACGCCCGCAUCACACGAUCCGAUCCCGGCUACGUAGACCCAAAUUGGACGCCAGAGGUCAUGGAGACGGGCGCCCUGUUGUUCGAUGGUGAGCAGAAGGCGCCGGAGAUCAUGAUGGAAAGCGACAUGUCGUGCACUCCGGCGGUGAUGCCUCCACCGGACGUCAUGAAAGAGCAAACCGGUGCCGAGAACGAGGGCGCCGAACUCAAGGAGGCCGAAGCGGCCGUCCCCGAGUCUGAGCAGCCCGACAAGCGGCAAGGCAACAAGAACUUUUGCGGCAAGUGCUCUUCCUACCGCCCUCCUCGCGCGCACCACUGCGUGGGGCAUAACAACCUCAAGAUGUUCAUCCUCUGGCUGUGGUAUGGCACUGCCGUGGGUAGCUCCUUCAUUCUCUUUUUCGGAUUCCGAAUCUACGACAUCUACCAGCACAGAGAUGAAUACGAGACGAACGAUCUCUGGGCCACCGGCAGCCUCAUUGGGCUCAACCUCUGGCUCGGCUUCCUCCUCACCGCCAAUCUGUGCGGCAUGGGGUUCAACAUGACCUAUCUCGCGCUCACCAACACCACAACCGUCGAGCGGAUCUUCUCGCCCAACAAAUACCGCCCGCCCCGCCGGGCGAAGGGUGAACGCUGGAAGCCACGACGCAUGUACGACCUGGGGCCGUUGAAGAACAUCAAGCAGGUGUUGGGCGCCUCCAUCCUCUCGUGGCCGCUCCCCACGGGACCGGAGACUGACGGCUACCACACCCCGGCCAACCCCAAGUGGAACGAGGAGCCGAUCCAGGAGUCGCAGGACGCUCAGCCCAUGCGUCGAACACGCAGCAACGACCGACGAGCAGACCACAUCUCUGAGGUGUGA